AUGACGGAAGUAGUCUCUAACUAUUUUGCAGAAACAUCAGAUAUCAAUCGCUUUGGUAAACGUAAAGGAUCGCAUAAAUCAGAAUCAAUACGUGAUCGGAAUUUCGGUAAAAAGAAAAAAGUGGCAAGUAGACAUGAUCCAAGGAAUUGCUUUUUCGAAAUUGCAGAUAGAAUUGGCAUCGAUUGGACAAAACUGGCUGCUAUAUUAGGCCCAUUUAUCGAUGUUGAUACAAUCAAAGCUCAAGAAAGUAGAGUUUUCGAUCAAGUAAUGAAAUUUCUCGAUAUCUGGUAUAAUAAAAAUUGCCCAAAUGUUAAUGUUGAUGGACUGAAGACAGCUUUGAGACGAAUAGGUCGGAAUGAUAUUGCUUUAGCGAUUAGCUCUACCAAAACAUGA